GCAUUUAUGAAAGCUGAAGAAUAAGCAGAAGAGUUAAUACUCUGUCCUUAAGGCUGCGGAAGGAAAUUCAAUAAGGAUAGUUUACUUAAACAUUAUAAAGUUUGCAAAGAUGUCUUCUAAUAAAAGCGAAGUGCAUUCAAUUCUUAAUUAAAAAGAGUUGGAUUCGAUUAUUUUGUUGAAAAUAAAACAAAGCUACCUCAAUUCUCUCCACCAAAAACUAAUAAGUUAAAAACAGAGAUUCUUCCUUACAGAAGUCCUUAAGUUCAAUCAAAAUAUAAUUAGGUUUUAAAUGCAAAAAAAUUCUGCAAAGGAUGUUUGAGAGAAUUCGAUUCGAAGAUAGCUGAUGAACAUAUUUAAAAAUGUGUAAAGAAGAACUAAUAGAAAAAUCCAUUCGCAAAAAUUAUUUGA